GAGAGAGAGAGAGAGAGAGAGAAAUAGUAAGCAAUGGAGGCUGGGGUGAGCUUCUUGGGGCUUUGACCAGACCCGAUUCGCUUCAACCAUGGCUGUACCACUGAGACCCCAUUUAUGGACUUCAAGCUCCUUCCUCUUUAUUCAUUUUUGAAAGCCUCACCCCUUCCCUGAUUCUCUCUCUCAACUCAGUUUUUCUUCCAUUUCCAUUUUCCUUCAAUUUCUACUCUCUGAUUUUCUCCUUCUUUCUAUCGCAAUCUUCUCUCCCACGAUUCAUCGCUGGAAAUCGCUCCAAGAUCAUCGCCUCUUCAUACGCUUUGAUUUUCUUCGCAUGUUUUUGGUGUUUGUUUGAUUCACCAGCGGUGUUUCAAUCUUGGUUUCUUACAGAUCCAUCUACGUCCGCCAAGUGUUUGUUGUUGAAUAUGGCUAUUGUGGAGAGGUUGAAGCUUCAAAAUUUGUCGAGAUAUGUUUUGUGGUAAUUGGGUUCAUCAGGGGUUUAGAUUGUCAAUGUUUGCUGAAGUUCAGUUUGGGAAAGGCCAAGUUUGUGAAAAUUAAUUAAGGCAGGAUUUAUGUGCGGAUGUAUUUAGUGUUCUACUUCAUUGAGGGCUAGUAGAGGAAAAUAUUUGGCUUUUUUUUAUGGAAAUUGUGGACGCAGGAGAAAUAUAAUUUGUUUUUGUGCACAAUGGGUGGAGUUUGUUCGAGAACAAGAAGAACCACUUCAGCUGUUAUUGGUGGGCAUACUGGUGUAGUAGGGGGUUCCACGCAUGAAAAUGGUCAUUCUAACAAUGAGUCGGGGAUGGUUUAUCAGUCUCGUGAUCUGCCAUCGAAAAUUAGUGACUCCAUACCGUCUGCUGUUGACGAUGGUGUGAAUAAGCCGUUGCGAGAACCGUUUUCGUUCCCAGAGGUGAAUGUGGUUCCAUAUGGACUGGAUGAUAUCAAUGAUGGAAUUCCUCGCUUGUCUAGAACGUUAUCUCAGAAAUCUAGAUCAACCAAGUCCAGACAAGCUGUUGCGAAGGUAUCAGAAAUGAGCUCUCUUAUAGGCAGAGCAGGUACCGUUGGGCUUGGAAAGGCUGUUGAUGUUUUGGAUACACUUGGUAGUAGUGUGACGAGUUUGAACCUUGGUGGUGGUUUCACCUCGGGGGUGGCAACGAAAGGGAACAAAAUUUUAAUCUUAGCUUUUGAAGUUGCCAACACCAUUGUGAAGGGUUCUAGUCUAAUGCAUUCUCUCUCAGAGCAUAACAUUAGAGUUUUAAAGGAGGAAGUGCUUCCAUCAGAAGGGGUCCAAAAUUUAAUAUCAAGAGACAUGGAUGAACUCUUGAGAAUUGCAGCAGCAGACAAGAGAGAAGAACUGAAAGUUUUCACUUGCGAAGUCAUUCGCUUUGGCAAUCGAUGCAAAGAUCCUCAGUGGCACAAUUUGAACCGCUAUUUUGAUAAGUUAGGUUCAGAAGUUACACAACAAAGGCAACUGAAGGAAGAUGCCAAGGCAGUGAUGCAGCAGAUGAUGAUAUUUGUUCAAAACACAGCAGAACUUUAUCAUGAGUUACAAGCCUUGGACAGAUUUGAACAAGAUUACCGGCGCAAGCUUCAAGAGGAGGAUAACUCCAACACCGCUCAAAGAGGAGAUAGCAUUUCAAUCUUAAAAGCUGAGUUAAAGAACCAAAAGAAGCAUGUCAGAGGUUUGCAGAAGAGAUCUCUCUGGUCCAGGAUUCUGGAAGAGGUGAUGGAGAAACUUGUGGACAUAGUGCAGUACUUGCAUUUGGAGAUUCAAAAAGCNUUUGGCAUUGCUGAUGAUGAUAAACCCGCCGAAGGUUCUCAGAGUAACCACAAAAAGUUGGGUACUGCUGGUCUCGCUUUGCAUUAUGCAAAUAUUAUUAGUCAAAUUGAUACACUUGUAUCGCGUUCAAGUUCCGUACCUCCUAACACGAGGGAUGCUUUAUAUCAAGGACUACCUCCCAGUAUAAAGUCGGCUUUACGCUCAAAGCUACAGUCGUUUCAGCCCAAGGAAGAGCUUACAAUUCCUCAAAUCAAAGCCGAGAUGGAGAAAACCUUGCAUUGGCUUGUUCCCAUUGCCAAUAACACUACCAAGGCUCAUCAUGGUUUUGGUUGGGUUGGAGAAUGGGCAAAUACAGGGGCUGAAGCUAACCGAAAACCUUCUGGCCAAAACGAGUUACUAAGGAUCGAGACGCUCUAUCAUGCGGAUAAAGAAAAGACUGAAUCUUACAUUCUUGAACUGGUGGUAUGGCUUCACCAUCUGAUCAGCCAAGCUAGAGCUUGUAAUACUGGAAUAAGGUCUCCUGUUAAAUCCCCAAUUAGAUCCCCAAACCAGCGAACGAUUCAGUUAUCGAACCAGAAACCAAGUUCACCAUCCCCGACGUUGACCGUAGAAGACAAGGAGAUGCUUCAAUAUGUGAGUAAAAGGAAACUUACCCCAGGAAUAAGUAAGAGUCAGGAAUUUGAUUCAGCAAAAACCAGGUUAAGCAAGCACCAUAGGCUAAGUAAAAGCAGUAACCAUUCCCCAACCAAUGAAACUAAGAAGGAUCCAUUCCCGUUACGAAGGCCGAACUCCAUCCCGGUUAUUGAUUUUGACAUCGACCGCAUGAAAGCAUUGGACGUCAUUGAUAGAGUUGACAAUAUCCGAAGCUUUUCAUAAACUUGGAUGAAAACCCUAGUGUAUGCAUAAGGUGUAACAUGCCAUUUUCGGAUUCGGUUCGUGCGGUUGGUAGCGUCCAUGGUGAAGAAGAAGAAGAAGAUUGUUGGUAUGAGAUGAUGGAAGGGAAAUUGUAAGGCGUUGGUUUUGUUUUUGUUUUUGGAUGUGAAAAUAUAUAAGGUUAAUAGCAUGUUCAUGUUAGAGGACAGCUUUGAAAUAGUUGUAGAAAUUGUGAGAGGUUUCAGAUAAUAGCUUCUUUCAGUUCUGUGUAUAGAAAUACUUUUAUUAUUUCAUAAUAAUUGAAAGUUAUUUGGAUUCUU